AUGCGAUAUUGGUCCACAGUGUCAGAGAGCAUGCUGACCUUGUUCCUCUCGAUCUCGGGCGGUGUCAGUUGGAUUGAAGCCCUAGAUCCCUUGAGAACCAUCUCAAGCCUUGCCGCUUUUGCCUUCAUCGCGUAUGUAUUUGUGUCAAUUUUUGCCAUUUUGAACGUUGUCACCGGUGUAUUCUGUCACCGUGCUAUCGAGAGUGCUCAAGCAGACAAGGAGAUAGCAAUCAUGAAACAAAUGGAAUGGAAAGAAAGUCAGCUACGAGCUUUAAAGGGCGUCUUCAUAGAAAUUGAUGAUGAUGGCUCAGAAACAAUCACCUCGAACGAGCUAGAGGCAGCCAUGAACAAGCCUGCACUGAUGCACCAAAUGGAAUCUAUGGACAUCUCAACCAGAGAUCUUCGAACACUCUUCAGGAUCAUGGACUCUGACGGCAGCGGCGAAAUUUCGUUUGAAGAGUUUAUUGAUGGUUGUAUGCAUCUUCAAGGAACUGCUCAGAGCCUUCAGGUUGAGGAUUUUCGGCGCGAGUUCCGGUUCUUGUGCAAAGACAUUGCAAAAAUAGGUUCAGAGCUCUCACAAGUGCGAAGGCAGCUCUCUUGGUCCUUAACGCCUAAGGCGAUCUAA